AAGCAAUCGAGGGCGGAGCAGCCGGCGGCAUGGAUGGGCAGAAGUUCCCCGUAGACGGCGGCGAGUCGUCAGAAACCAAAAAAGUGAAUUUUGAUCUGACUUUGGUUCAUCUGGAUCUAAAGGGAGCCCCGCCAAAAGUGGCUUAUCUGGCAGAGGUUUUUCCUCUGUUCUCUGCUCUCGGAGCAAAUGGUUUGCUCAUAGAAUAUGAAGAUACCUUUCCAUAUUUCGGGGAGCUGCUCCCUCUCAGGGCUGCACAUGCAUACAGCCCUCAGGAGAUCAGAGAGAUACUGAGGUUGGCUGAGCUGCACAAUUUGGAAGUCAUUCCGCUGGUGCAGACAUUUGGACACAUGGAGUUCGUCCUGAAGCACAGCAAGUUCUCUCACCUGAGAGAGGUCCAGAUUUACCCAAACAGCUUGAACCCUCACAAAGCAGAAUCUCGGCACUUGAUCCAAGCCAUGAUCCGACAGGUGAUGGAACUUCAUCCAGACGUCCAGUGGCUCCAUAUCGGCUCCGAUGAGGUCUAUUUCCUUGGUGAGGGCGAGGAAUCCAAACUGAAACUUUCCAAUGGAUCCCUUACAAUGGAAGAGCUCUUCCUGUCCCACCUGAAGGCCGUGGCUACGUAUAUAACGUCCACAUUCACGGGCGUCACACCUAUCGCAUGGGAUGAUAUGUUUCGUGGAGCCAGUGUCCACACCCUGACAGAUUCUGGAGUGCCGUCUCUGCUGCAGCCAAUGAUCUGGGACUACACCUCGAACCUGGAUGUCGAAAACAGAAUCGCUCUUGUGGAGAAAUACAGGCAAUGUGGCUUUCACAAGGUUUGGUUGGCCAGUGCAUUUAAAGGAGCCACGGGGGCCAACCAGCAGCUGACCCAUAUCGGGCAUCACCUGGAGAACCACAGGCGAUGGCUACAAGUGGCAGCGGCAGUGCCGUAUGGAGCCCUGCAAGGGAUAGCACUGACGGGAUGGCAGAGGUACGACCACUUCUCUGUGCUGUGCGAGCUUCUGCCGGUGGGAAUCCCGUCCCUUGCCGUGUGUCUGCAGACUCUGAAGAACGGUUCUUGUUCUGAGCAGGCGAUCGCUUGGGUGAAGAGCAUCCUGGGAAUGUCAGAGUUGGAUAUCGAAAGCUUUGCAAGCGAUCUCUCCGGUAAUUUUCCUGGCAGUGAGGUUUUUGGACUCGUGACACAAAUCUAUUUUUUCUUGAAGCCAUCGGUGAAGGAGUUUCUGGAGGGCCACAGGAUCCUCACAGGCUGGUUCAGUCCCUAUCACAGGAAAAGGAAAAUGAUCCAUCCUAUUAUGGUGCAGCAGAUCCAGCCAGAGGCACUCAGCCUCGUGUCGAGAUGGACACCAGUUUUGGAAGAACUCCACAAAGCGUUGCUUCAGGUAUAUCCCCCAAACGCUGCGGAGGAAUGGAUGGAAGAGAAUGUCCUGCCAUGCUUCAUGAAACUCCGCGAACUGGUCAGCGACCUGAACUCUGCGUUGGAGAACCUAACAUAAGACUGCUGCCCCCGAGUCCUCCUUGAACAUAACCGAGAGAUUAGAUUAUUUCCUCCAAUAUAACACUCGCUUUUUAAUCAGAAAGACCUGCGGAGAGCCUUAAGAGGACUUCUCCCGAAGUAUAAAUCCACAAUUUUAUUGGACAAUCGUCACUUCCACCAACAUAGGAUUUUCCCAAAGCAUCAGGCAGUAUUGGUGAUGUCCUGAGUACCUACUUCUUCAACAAAACUGUGGAUUUUUACUUUAGGAGAAGUCUUGCUGUUCCUCCUCCUCUUCAAAUAAUCUGAAGAAAAGACGGGCAACAGGAGGACUGAAGAAAGAGGAGGAACAGGAGGACUGAAGAAAGAGGAGCAACAGGAGGACUGAAGAAA